AUGUGUAUUGAUGGUGUUAAUGCUGCAGAUGAAAGUAAAGAGAGUAAUAAUAAUAAUUAUAAAGAAUAUAAAAACAAUAAUAAUAAUAUUGAUUUUAUAGAUGAUGAAGACGAUAAUCAUCAUUAUAGUCACAACCAAUUGAUUCAACUCAAGAAGAGUGGAACUACUCCUACUACUACUACUACUACGACUGCUACAAUAAAACAACAAAAAGAAGAAGAUACGUUUACAAAUUGGUUUCGUGGAAAGGUAUUGACUACAAGUGGAACCAACCACCCAUUUCAACUACCUCGUCUAUCAAGUAGUCUUGGAGGUAUUUUCCAAAAUAGAAAUACUUUUGAUUGUUCUUCCUCUUCUCCCUCUUCCGGAUCUUUUGGCAAUCUUCUUGGAGAUAGUGAUUGUUUAGAUCCUCCAUUUCAAUUGUCAUCAUCAUCAUCAUCAUCAACCAUGUCAAUAACAGGACCUGUCAUUACAACAACAAAUAAUGAUGAUCAUUGGAAAGGAAGGGGGGUUUGUCUUUCAUGUGGAAAUCAUUUAGUUCCCCAUAUUAUGGGGAUGGGCAAAGUAGAGGAUUUAACAAUCGAUGAUGAUGAUAAUGAUACUACUAUCCCAACAACAACAACAACAAAAAGACAACAACCUUUUAAUCUACCAAAUAAUAAUAAUAAUAAUAUUUGUAGAAUAAGAAGAAGAAGUUUAAAUAACCAUCCUCUUGAACAACAACAUCAAGAAAAUAAUAAUAAUAAUAGUUUGUUGAAAUUGGAAAGAAGAAUUAAAUCAAUUGGAUGGAUUAUAUUUAGAAUGAUGACAGCACCGAUUCUAUUAAUUACAGUAAUACCAUUUAUGAUUGCGUUGGUUGGAUUUACUGUAUUCUCUCUCUUGUCAAUCUCUACUCUCUGUUUGAUGGUUGUAUUUUCAGCACCAUUGAUCAUUGCAAGUUAUAUUAUCCUACUCUAUAUCAUAUCGUUUCUCUAUGAUGGUGACAUUCAAUCUGCCAACACCAUCUUUUUCAAUAUCCUAUUUUCAACUAUUUCAUUGGUUAAUAAUAUCUCUAAAACUAUUUAUAAUUUAUUAUUCUAA